UGCAUCAAAACCAAAAGGUUUCGAAACACUCUAAUACUUCUUCGCAAUCACUCUCUCACACAGACACAGUUCCUGUAUCGCGCAAUCUCCUUCCUUUUUUCCCGCUUCUUCCCUCGUCGCUCCGCUUAUCAUCGCCGCCGCCGUCGUCGUCGUUGUCGUCGUCUCCUUAGUUCCCCAUCCGAACCGAACAAAACAAAUCAAAACCCUAGCCGAGUAGCUGCGAUUUAGGGUGGUGGCGACAUGGUUUCUCUCGUGGCGCUCCCUCCGCUCUGCCCCUGCGGCCUCGCUCGGAGGCCCAUGGUCGUGAGACCCGUCCUCCGGUGCUCCGCGGGACAUCCCUCCGCCACCAAAGGUUCUCGAGAAUCUAAAGUGCCUCGGAAAAGAUCGAGAAGAAUGGAAGGGGUGGGUAAAAGCUUGGAGGAUUCUGUUCAGCGCAAGUUGGAACAGUUUUAUGAAGGAUUAGAUGGUCCGCCGCUUCGAGUUCUCCCAAUUGGCGGCCUUGGGGAGAUUGGGAUGAAUUGCAUGCUUGUAGGACAUUACGACCGUUAUAUCUUGGUCGAUGCAGGGGUUAUGUUUCCAGACUAUGAUGAGUUUGGCGUCCAAAAGAUCAUACCAGACACUACAUUUAUCAAAAGAUGGAGCCAUAAAAUUGAAGCAGUGAUUAUAACACAUGGCCAUGAGGAUCACAUUGGUGCGUUGCCUUGGGUUAUCCCAGCACUGGAUUCUAAUACACCAAUUUUUGCUUCAUCCUUCACAAUGGAGUUAAUUAAAAAGCGCUUGAAAGAGUUUGGGAUUUUUCUCUCAUCAAGGCUUAAGGCUUUUAAGGUUAGAAGGAAGUUCUGUGCUGGACCAUUUGAGGUGGAGCCUAUUCGUGUAACUCAUUCAAUUCCUGAUUGCUGUGGUCUUGUCCUCCGCUGUAGUGAUGGGACAAUUUUUCAUACUGGUGACUGGAAGAUUGAUGAGUCACCAGUGGACGGCAAAAUUUUUGAUCGUGAAGCAUUGGAGGAGCUUUCCAAAGAAGGCGUGACUCUAAUGAUGAGUGACUCGACAAACGUGCUUUCCCCUGGAAGAUCAAUUAGUGAAUCUGUUGUAGCAGAUGCAUUAUUACGACAUAUAUCAGCUGCAAAAGGAAGGGUGAUCACUACGCAGUUUGCUUCUAACAUACAUCGUAUUGGAAGUGUGAAAGCUGCUGCCGACUUAACUGGUCGAAAAUUGGUAUUCGUUGGCAUGUCGCUUAGAACUUACUUAGAUGCUGCUUUUAAGGAUGGAAAGGCACCAUUAGAUCCUUCAACCUUGGUGAAAGUAGAGGAUAUUGAUGCCUAUGCCCCGAAAGAUCUGUUGAUUGUUACAACUGGCUCACAAGCAGAACCACGUGCAGCUCUAAAUCUUGCCUCAUAUGGGGGCAGCCAUUGUCUCAAAUUGAGCAAGGAGGAUGUGAUUCUCUAUUCUGCUAAGGUCAUUCCCGGAAAUGAGACUAGGGUCAUGAAGAUGCUAAAUCGUUUAUCAGAGCUUGGACCCACAAUUGUGAUGGGUAAAAAUUCGGGCCUGCAUACAUCGGGGCACGGUUAUCGUGAUGAAUUGGAGGAAGUUCUAAAAAUUGUUAAACCUCAACACUUCUUGCCCAUUCAUGGAGAACUCCUGUUCCUUAAAGAGCAUGAGUUACUUGGGCGGUCCACUGGCAUACGACACACUACUGUCAUUAAGAAUGGGGAGAUGCUUGGUGUUUCACACCUCCGAAAUAGAAGAGUUUUGUCCACUGGGUUCGCUUCACUUGGAAAAGAGGAAUUGCAGUUAAUGUACAGUGAUGGAGAUAAGGCCUUUGGGACAUCAGCUGAACUUUGCAUAGAUGAGAGGUUAAGGAUUGCAGCAGAUGGCAUUAUCAUUGUUAGCAUGGAAAUUAUGAGACCACGGAAUGUAAAUGGUUCAUCGCAAUCAUCUUUGAAAGGAAAAAUACGGAUCACCACUCGCUGCCUAUGGCUUGAUAAAGGAAAGCUAUUAGAUGCACUCUAUAAAGCUGCUCAUGCUGCACUCUCAAGCUGUCCGGUGAACUGUCCGUUGGCUCACAUGGAACGGAUAGUAUCAGAAGUAUUAAGAAAGAUGGUGCGGAAAUACAGCAGCAAAAGACCUGAAGUCAUUGCCAUUGCUGUGGAGAAUACUACCGGAGUUCUUGUUGAAGAACUGACAACUAAAUUAUCUGGGGAAUCUCAUGGCAACUUUGGGUUUUCUGUGGUUAAUCAAUUAUCUGAUAGACAUCUGACUAAGAGUUCAAGCAAGAAAUUUAAGGAAGAUGCUGCUGAAAUGCAUGAUGAUUUGAAUGUUAUGGAAGAGGAACCUGAAGGUGACAACUCUGAAGUUGAGGAGUCAAUAUCUGAUGACGCAUCCAGAAGCUCACGUCAAGACUUAUCGUCUCCAGAAAGCCCUAUGAAAUUGGUAGAAUUUUGGGAGUCAUAUAAAAGCCCUUCAGCAGUCGAAAUUGCAAAAGCUGCCAAUGGUUCGGUUUCAGUAGACCACUCAAAAUCUAAUAAACGAAAAGUAAAUAAUAGCAAGGUGCCUACCAAAUUGGGUCCUCAACCGGCCGGUAAAUCGGCUAAAAGGAACAAAUGGAAACCCGAGGAAAUUAAGAGAUUAAUUAAAAUGCGCGGGGACUUGGACAACAAGUUCCAGACCACUAAAGCCAGAAUGGUUCUUUGGGAAGAAAUAUCUGAUGACAUGAUGAGCCACGGGAUAACCCGCACCCCAGCACAAUGCAAAUCUCUUUGGGCAUCGUUAGUUCAGAAAUAUGAGGAAAGUAGGAAAAAUGAGAAUGGCAAAAGCACUUGGCCUUACUUCUCAGACAUGGAUAAGAUUGUGUCUAUUGAUGAAAAGGCAACAAAAUGAGCAGAAGCUAGAUUCAGACUAGAGCUUAGCUUACCUCAGGUUCCAAGUACAUGCACUGCCGCUACUUUUUAUCACCUUCUCAUUAGAAGAGGUUGCAAAGCGCCGAUGUCUCUCCCAAAAAUAGCGCACAACCAUGUCUUGCAUCUGAAGAAUCUGAUACACUUGCAAGAUAUAAGAGGAUGCCUCUUGGUUUUGAUAUUGGUAUGGGAGCGCGCAGUACAAAGUAAAAGCUUCAACCCACAAUUUUGUCAUAAAAUUCUUAUAUCUGAAAGCUCAAUAUAGGUAUUCAAUUUCAAUGAUAACAGAGGUAUAUGAGUACCUAUAUUCUAAAAGUUAAGAGUUUUACGUUGGUUUGAGCUCCUUUACUUACUAAGGCAUGCUUCCAUCAUUGUAUAAUGUUUUACACAGGUGGUGGAUGUUGUUUGGAGAAUUCUUCUUCUUCUUCUUUUUUGAGAGAGAAAGAUAGUAUGCUAUCUAUUUCGCUGAAAAUGUAAGAGCAAUUAGACUUCGAACUUGAGAUCUUGGGUAUCAAUUGUUAAGCCUUUUGCUAUUUGUGCUAGACACGGUCGGUGAGAAUUCAAUUUUGUGAACUGGCCAAGUAACCCUUUGGACUCUGAACGUGUACUGAAGUACUAGUAAUUCUCUAGAUCCACACAGAAAAAGAUGGGUUCUUUGUAAAUA